AUGGUUAGUGAAAAGCGUGAAGCACAUGUUGUCGUUGUUGUCCAUUUUGGUGCAGUUAAGACAUACAAAGGUAAAUGGGGAUUUUCUAAUAACUUUGAUGGUUCACGACUUUUCAUUAACGAUAAUUUUGAUGCAAUGCUACUGUUCAAACAAAAGUUUCUUGCAAAACUUGCUGCUUCAACUGAAUCAAGUAGCCAUGCUGGGUCAUAUAUGAUGUGUUCUCCAAAGAAAGUUGUUGUUGUUGGAACAAUUGUAGCAAUUGUUUCAGAUAAGAUAUGGUAUUAUGAUGGGUGUAACAUUUGCAAGUCCAAAGUUGAGCAAAAGUUUGAAUCCUAUGAUAAGGAUGAUGGAACAAGUGAUGUUAGAGAUGAGAAGUUGUAUCAAUGUUCUAACAAGGAUUGUAAUGGAAAAGAAGUUUUCCCACUGUCCAGGUUUAAAAUACAGGUUCGUUUUCAAGAUUCAACCGGUACUGUGACACUUACAUUGUUUGACCACGAGGCGUUGAAGUUUGUUGGGAAAACUGCAAAGGAACUUAUACAAAUUCAGGACGAGUUACUGAAGUCAAAUGAGAUUCCAAGAGAAUAUCCAGUUGAAUUUGAAUCGUUGGUUAACCUAAAGUGUGCUUUCGUGAUUAAAGUAAGUGACUUUAAUAUUGUCAAUGCUGUCGAGAAUUAUGGAAUAUCAGUUGUUACCACUGAUGAUGACAUCUUGGAUAAGCUGAACAAAAAAUUUAAAAUUGACCAACUUGAUGUCUCUGAUUCUUUUGGUAUUAGUCAGUCUGAGUUCCAAACUACUGGUGGUGAAUGCUUUAAGGAUUAUGUGGGUGACUUGAAGCAAUCAUCUUCUGAUAUGAAGCGUAACCUUGAUGAUGUUUAUUUGAAUGAAGAGGGAUUGGGGUCGUCAGCAAUUGACGAAGCUAAGUAUAGACGUUGGUUAAGAAAACUAUAUCUUGAUAAUAAGAAAUCAAAAUCAACAGCACUUUCGGAUUAUUUUGUUAGAGCACUAAAAAACCAUAAAAUGUCGGGAAAUAAUGUUGGUUCAAGAACUUACAUCCCAAGAAUUAGCAUGAUACCAUCUGACAAGAAAAUACCCUUCAAGUUUCAACGAAGGCAGUUUCCAAUAUCCAUAUGUUUUCCGAUGACUAUUAACAAAAGUCAAGGACAAUCUCUAUCGAGAGUUGGUCUAUACCUGAGAGACACUAUGUUCUCACAUGGUCAGCUUUAUGUUGCUUUUUCGAGAGUAAAGACUAAAGAUGGCGUUAAGGUUUUAAGGCUUUACAAAGAUGGGAGAACAACAAAUAAAACUGCAAACGUUGUUUACAAAGAAAUAUUCGGGAAAUUGUAG